UUGUUUUUGUCAGAUGUGAAUCCAAAUGGAGCACUCGGAAGGAGGCGAGCAGAGCCAGCAGCAGCAGCAGCCCUGGGGGAAGCUGAUCCGGCUGGGUGCUGAUGAGGCAGAGCCGCACGUCUUGCUGCUGAAAAGAGAAUGGACAAUUGGUCGGAAGAAAGGUUGUGAUUUAUCUUUCCCUGGCAACAAGUUGGUGUCUGGAGAUCACUGUAAAAUCAUAGUGGAUGAAGAAUCUGGUCAAGUGUCAUUGGAAGAUACAAGUACUAAUGGAACAGUAAUUAAUAAACUGAAAGUGGUUAAGAAGCAGACAUACCCUUUACAGACUGGGGAUGUGAUCUAUGUUGUUUACAGAAAAAAUGAGCCAGAGAACAAUGUUGCUUAUCUUUAUGAAUCCUUAAACACAAAACAUGAUGCAACUCAAGAACCAGUAGCUGUAGAAGUUAAUGUAGAAAACCAAUGCCAUGUGACCAAAGAUACCUCAAAUACAGGAAGAAGUAAUGAUGAGACCCAAAUUACCUCAUCACCAUCAGCUACUCAGUCUUGCUAUGAGGAACCACAGCCAUCUACUUCUACAUCUAACCUCUUCAAUGCUUCUGCUACCUCUCUUAUCGAGUCUGCAUCUGUUCAGCAGGAUAAUCCUUCUACAUCUGGAUCACAGUCCUCAGUUUUCACUCCUGUGCCUGCUUUCCCCAUCUUAGAAUCUGUGUGUCUAAAAGCACUGCAUGAUGAACAUGAAAAGCUGGAUAUGAAUACUGAAACUUCUUCAGUCACUUCAGAAAUCACUGACAAAGAAAAAGCAGGAUCAGAUUCUCAAAGGACAGGGGAGGAGGAAGGUUUGGAACCUGCUAAGAAGAAACUAAAAGGAGAUGAAGAUGCUUGUCCAAAUCUUUCACCAGCAGCUCCAAGUGAAUGUAUAAUUAAAAUUGGCUCUGAAGAUGCAAAAACAUCAAAUGUGAAACCAGAUAAGAUGGAAGAAACAUUAACUUGCAUUAUCUGCCAAGAACUGCUGCAUGACUGUGUAAGCUUACAGCCUUGUAUGCAUACUUUUUGUGCUGCGUGCUACUCAGGAUGGAUGGAAAGAUCUUCUCUAUGUCCAACUUGUCGUUGUCCAGUAGAACGUAUUUGUAAAAAUCACAUAUUGAACAACUUGGUUGAGGCUUAUCUCAUUCAGCAUCCAGAUAAAUGUCGUAAUGAAGAUGAUGUACGUAGCAUGGAUGCUAGAAACAAAAUUACUCAAGACAUGUUGCAACCUAAGGUGCGGAGAUCUUUUUCAGACGAGGAAGGAAGUUCUGAAGAUUUAUUAGAGUUGUCAGAUGUAGAUAGUGAAUCUUCAGAUAUCAGUCAGCCAUAUAUAGUAUGCAGACAGUGUCCAGGAUAUCGAAGACACUCUGUUCCAACUCUGCCUGGCACAGGCCAAGAGACAGAAGCAGGAGGAAUGCAAGCACUGGGAGAUGCACCAUCUACAUCUGCCAACUUCCCUGCAGCGGUCCAGGAAUAUGUGUGUCCUGCUCAAGGAAGUCAUGUAAUAUGCACCUGCUGCUUUCAGCCAAUGCCUGACCGAAGAGCCGAGCGUGAACAGAAUCCUCAUGUUGCUCCUCAGCAAUGUACAGUUUGUCUGCAACCCUUCUGUCACUUAUACUGGGGCUGCACUCGGAUGGCAUGUUUUGGCUGUUUGGCACCAUUCUGUGAAAUAAAUCUUGGUGAUAAGUGUUUAGAUGGAGUCCUAAAUAACAACCACUACGAGUCAGAUAUCCUAAAGGAUUACCUGGCAUCCAGGGGUUUGACAUGGAAAAAUAUGUUAAACGAAAGUCUCUUAGCUCUUCAAAGAGGAGUUUUUAUGUUGUCAGAUUACAGAAUUACUGGGAACACAGUGCUUUGCUACUGUUGUGGCCUUCGCAGCUUUCGAGAACUUGCCUACCAGUACAGGCAGAAUAUUCCUGUUGCUGAAUUGCCAGUGACUGUCACAUCACGUCCUGAUUGCUACUGGGGGCGCAACUGUCGAACUCAGGUCAAAGCACAUCAUGCCAUGAAAUUCAAUCACAUUUGUGAACAAACGCGAUUCAAGAACUGAAUACUUGUAGUCAGUAGAGAGGGGACAAAAACCUGUUACACUGCUUGUACAGUUUAAGAUUUCAGGGGAUCUUCUCAGUUCCCCCAUAGCAGGGAAUCAAUAACUUUUGCAUCAGGUGAUUACCUGGUGUGAACUUUUUAAUUUGUAGAAUUUUACAGCUGUACAUGAAUAAGGUAGAUCUUUUCUUUUUUUCCCAAGAAAGUCCGGCAAGCAUUGCAUUCCAUCCUCAUGACUACAGUGUCCCUGUAUCACUUCAGUGAAGAACACAAGCAGAAAUCACACACACACAAAAACCAGCCAUAUCUUGGGAAGACCUAAGAAUAAGGAGUGUAUUUGCACUACUUGUGAAGAAACUAAGAAAAAUCCUUAGACUUAAAAUAGAAAUGUUUUGUAAAAGUAUCUGAUGGAUAUUUCAAGAGCCAUUAAUAUUUAAGAAGGAAAUUGUCAGUGUAUAUUUGUAACUGCAUUUUGCGGUAGUCUGAUAUUUUGUCACUACCCAUUGCAUUUGGGCUAGAAACCACGUUAAUAUUCACUUUAAAAAAAAAUAAAUUCCGUCCAUUAAACAGCUGUUUCAAAUUAAAGCUUCUACCAUAUGUGCAGUGUUACAGUGGAAGUAGUAGAGUUUAUUUUCUUAGUUUAGUCGUGUUGAUGUUUUUAUUCACAUUAAAUUACAAAAAUAAUUGCACAAAAAUUUGAAAUCAGAUUUAAAGUUGGGGUAAUACUUGAAGCAGAACAGACUUCGGCUAAUAUUACUUCUGUAGUGUUUUAUAUCAGAAAACCAAACAGUGCUUUUGACAUAGAGCAGCCAGUAGGACACACUGGUUAGUUUUUUGUAUGUCUCUUCUGGUUUGAUACCGUAUGCUAAAUAUGUACCUCUGCCAUGCA